AUGGUCUUCACCUCGGUCUUAUUUAUCUCGACCAGGCAGAAAGUGUUUGAGGAUGUGCUGCGUUUCCUGAUUACUGAUGACAUCAUCAACCAGGUGGUCUUUGACCUGGAAGACAGCAGUCUUCAGAAUCCGUCUGAGUCCCUGAGGUUUUUCUCUAACUUUGAAUGUGGGAACCUAAGGAAGGCUGUUCAGGUCCGCAGAUAUGAAUAUGACCUUAUACUGAAUGCGGAUGCUAACUGUUCGCAGCACGCUCAGUGGUUUUACUUUGAAGUCAGUAACAUGGUGGCAGACGUCCCGUAUCGGUUUAAUGUCAUCAACUGUGAGAAGAGCAACAGCCAGUUCAACUACGGAAUGCAGCCGGUGCUGUACUCGGUAAAAGAUGCUUUGGAAGGUAGACCACACUGGGUCAGGACCGGAACUGAGAUUUGUUAUUUCAGAAACCACUUCUGUCCAGCUCGAGGCAGAAGGAGAACCACCUUUUAUACUCUGACCUUUACUGUCACCUUCAGACACAAUGAGGACGUCUGCUACCUCGCAUACCAUUAUCCCUACACAUACUCUGCUCUGAAGGCUCAUCUGAAAGUGCUGCAGAAUUCAGUGGAUCCCUCAAAGGUGUUUUUCCGGCAGCAGAUCCUCUGUGGCACUUUGGCAGGAAACUCAUGUCCAGUGGUCACCAUCACUGCCUGUCCGGCCAGCAGGGCCUGGAAGGACAUGCACCAGCUACGUAACCGUCCCUGUAUCAUGCUGACAGGACGUGUCCACCCUGGUGAAUCAAACGCCAGCUGGGUGAUGAAGGGAACCCUGGAAUUUCUGUGCAGCACUGAGCCGGUGGCCCAGAGUCUGAGGGAAUCCUUUGUCUUCAAGAUCAUCCCCAUGCUUAACCCAGAUGGAGUCAUCAAUGGAACGAACCGCUGUGAUCUGAACAGUGAGGACCUAAACCGCCAAUGGUGUAAACCAGACCCUGUCCUCAGUCCAACCAUCUACCACACCAAGGGCUUCCUCUAUUACUUGAACUGUAUAGGACGACCUCCACUGGUUUUCUGUGACUACCACGGCCACUCAAGAAAAAAGAAUGUCUUCUUGUAUGGCUGCAGUGUGAAGGAGACUCUGUGGCAGUCAGGCUCUGCUGUUGACACUGUGGGACUGAAAGAGGACCCUGGAUACAGGACCAUACCGAAGACCCUGGAUCGUAUCGCUCCGGCUUUUUCAUUCAACAGCUGCAACUAUUUGGUGGAGAAGUCUCGCUCUGCCACAGCCAGGGUGGUGGUCUGGAGGGAGAUGGGUGUGCUCAGGAGUUACACAAUGGAGAGCACUUACAAUGGCUGUGACCAGGGGAUAUACAAGGGCCUGCAGACAGGAACCAGGGAGCUACAGGAGAUGGGGAUGAAGUUCUGCCACAGUCUGCUGUCUGUGACCAAAGAUAUGAAGGCUCUUUACAGCAGGACGCUCAUCAGCAACAUUGACCUGGAUCACAACAACAUCCUGGACCACAAGUCUCACAAUUGCUUUGAAGAUGAUGAACCUCCAUGUGUUGAGGAGAUUGAAUACUCCAUAGACUGUCCCCCACUCAAAGGCACUGAUCUAGAUUCAGAUGUCAAUAGCAAUAUGGCCAGCACUGAUGAAGAGGAGUAUGGCGAAAAAGGGCACAGGGGAGGUAAACAGCGGCGAAGCAGCGUCGGCCAGUUGCAGCAGUCGAGUCUGAAGAGUUGUCUGUUCCCUCAGCUGAUUGGACCGGCGUCCAUCGAGACACUGAAUGAGAAGAAACACAUGUGUAACAGUGGGAGCAUCUCCAACAGACACUUGACAAGUUAA